UAAUGAUUUACCUUUCAGUUGUACUAAAUUCCACGUGUCGUGUUCCGACUCUAGCAAAAAUUUCUCAAACUUCAGUCCCACUAAGCCCUUCUCCUCUCUCUCUUGCGAUAAACCCUUCCGGUCUCUCUCCUGCGAUUCUCCGCCGCCGUCACGUCAACUCCGUCGCUCCCGGCCACGCCGUCACAGUGCCACACAGAGAGAGAUUCGUUUGGUUUCUGUCAACUGGAUUUGAAAGACAUUGAUAGUGAGUAGGAGAGUCAGGAGGCUGAAUUUGGGGGAAAUGGUGGUUAGGAUUCGGCUAUCGCGUCUAGGAUGCAAAAACAAGCCAUUCUACCGUGUGAUGGCUGCCGAUAGCAGAUCUCCAAGAGAUGGCAAACACCUCGAAGUUCUAGGUUACUACAAUCCCUUACCUGUUCAAGAUGGUGGCAAAAGAAUGGGUAUCAACUUUGACAGGGUCAAGUAUUGGCUUUCUGUAGGAGCUCAACCUUCGAAUCCCGUUGAGCGUCUUCUGUUUCGAGCAGGGUUACUUCCUCCACCACCGACUGUGGCUAUGGCGCGUAAAGGUGGAGCCCGCGACACUCGUCCUGUCGAUGCUUUAACCGGGCGAGUACUUGAUCAACAAAAGGCUCCUAAUUCCAACAACAAUGAAACCUCCGUAACUGAAAAUGAAAACCCGUGAAGUCUUAUGUUUUUCCAUUGCUGUCUUUAAGAGAAGAAAAUAAGAUGUUAUAUACUGAUGCGUCGUUGAAACAGUUGAUUUCUACUGUGGAAAUGUUAUUUGCUUAUCCUGUUUCUUCUGUUAAAUGCAUUUAUUGGAAUUUGGAUC